GAGGCUUGAGCCAUCACACUGAGAGAGGAACCGCCUAUUGCUGUAAAAGUUCUUCCUACUCACCGCAGGGUCAAAGUCUGCUCGAAACCAACGCAGGGUAGAGACCAAGCAGACGCGAGUUAACUUCAACAGGAGGAUUACCGAAGUUUAUUUAUAUAUUUUUCUACCAGAUGUCUCCACCGCUGAGAUGCAGCAUUUUUCCUCUGCUGGCGCUCCUCAUAACGCUUGUUCCUGUGGGGGCAGAAGGGAAAGGGACAGUGCUACAGAGGCAGAAGAGAGAAUGGAUCACAGCUCCCAGACGGCUGGAGGAGAACCACGAUUACACCGGCCUGCCGAGUAUCGCUAAAAUCCGCUCUGAUAAGGAGAACUAUACAAAGAUAUUGUAUUAUCUAACGGGGCCAGGUGUUGACCAGCCCCCUCAAGGAAUAUUUGGUGUCGACCGUGACACUGGCUUUGUGAAAAUCUUUGCCAUUCUGGACAGAGAGGCGACCCCCUUCUUUCAUUUAAAAGGUAUUGCAAAAUACCCAGACGGGACGAACGCUGAAAAAGAUAUUGACCUUAAAAUUACUGUUCUGGAUAAGAAUGACUGCCCACCGGUCAUUAAAGUGCAGCAAGUUGGAUCUGUCAAUGAAUCAAGUGCAGCAGGUACUGUUGUGAUGAGAGUGAUAGCUACUGAUGAUGAUGAAGCGGGCACGCUCAACUCCCAGAUCUACUACAGAAUUGCGGAGCAGAGUAACACGGCUGGGAUGUUCUCCAUCAACUCUCAGACUGGAGAGGUCCUGGUUCGACAGAACACUCUGGAUAGGGAGCGACAAGAUACAUAUACGUUGACUAUAAUAGCCUCAGACCUGGGCGGACAAUCAGGAGGAAACACAGGUACCGGAGAAAUUACGGUCAAAAUUCUGGACAUAAAUGACAAUAUUCCGACCCUGGAAAAAGAAUUGUAUGAAGGCAGUGUGAAGGAGAACACUGUCAAUGUGGAGGUAAUGAGGAUCAAAGCCAUCGACAUGGAUAUGAUUUACACUGACAACUGGCUGGCUGCUUAUGAAAUCGUGUCGGGGAAUGAGGCCAGAUAUUUCACCAUCACUACGGAUUCGAAGACCAAUGAGGGAAUUAUCAUGAUCAACAAGGCCUUGGACUAUGAGGAACUAAAAACGCUCAACUUGGAGGUGGUUGUGUCCAACAAAGCAGCAUACAAUUUUGGCAGCAGGAUCCCGUCAGGGCCCAUAAUCCAAAAACCCUACCCCAUUAAAAUCAACGUGCUCAAUGAGAAGGAAGGCCCCCGAUUCCAGCCAAGUGUCAAAGUGGUGACUCUCUCUGAAGACCACACUUCCAUCUCCCUUCACAAAGUCAUCGCCAACUAUGCUGCUAUUGACAGCGACACGCUCCAGACGGCCACCAACGUAAGGUACGCUAAAAUCAAAGAUGAUGACAACUGGUUGAUUAUUGAUGAGAAGACAGCAGAUAUCAAGCUGAAAAAACUUCCAGACCGAGAGUCCAAGUACUUGAUCAAUGGAACGUACUAUGCCAAAAUUAUCUGCAUCAGCAAUGAGACUCCCUCAAAAACCGCCACAGGGACCAUAGCCAUUCAGGUGGAGGACUUUAAUGAUCACUGUCCGGAACUGACCGCUACAACUCAGACCAUGUGCCUCGAGGAUGAAGUGAUCUACGUCACAGCCGUAGACAAAGACGAGUUCCCCAAUUCAACGCCAUUUGAGUUCACAGUGAUUCAGGGGGGCAGCAAGGGGAAAUGGACAGUUGAGCAUGUCAAUGACACCACGGCCAUUCUGAGGGACCAAGCCAAAUUGUGGCCAGGCACAUACAAAGUGGCAGUGGAGGUCAAAGACCAGCAGGGAAAGUCAUGUGCUGAUGUCCAGAUAGUUGACGUAACUGUGUGUACUUGCGAUCACGUCACUAAAACCUGUGGACCCCACACCGCAAAGACCGCACAGUUUGGGGCUUCAGGUGUCCUGCUUAUGCUCCUGGGACUGCUGCUUCUGCUGUUGCUGCCCCUCCUGCUGCUCUUCUGUCUGUGCGGAGGUGCAGCAGCUCUCGGAGAUUUCAAGGCCAUACCAUUUGAUACGAAACAACAGCUCAUCUCAUAUCACACCGAGGGGCAGGGAGAAGACAAGGAAGUUCCUCUUCUGCACGCUCCAGUGGACAUUGGUGGUGGCACACUGAGUGCCAAGAACAUCAACACCUAUGGGGAAAAGGGGUACCUAGGAGGACUGACUGAAUUAGGAGGCGCAGCAGGUGGGGGAGCAGCCGCGGGAGGUGCUAUAAACACUUCCACCUUGACAGCUGAGAAUAUGCACCUGUACAACCAAUAUAACCAGUCCAGUGGGCAGGUGGGGAUGGACUACGUGGAUGGUGGGAUGAUGACAGGACAAGAACAUCAUUUCUCCCGAUACGGGGCUGGGGUCUUUGAUGGGAUGGCUCUAUCUGACCACUUCCUGGGGGAUUAUUAUGCAAGUAAAUCCAACCAUGCUGCACUCCAAUCCCAGCAGAAGGACGGUCUGCUGGUUUAUGACUAUGAGGGUCAGGAGUCCCUGGCAGGGUCUGUAGGGUGCUGCAGCCUUCUUGAGAAUGACAACGACCUUGCUUUCCUCAAUGACCUCGGGCCUAAAUUCAAAACCCUAGCUGAGAUUUGUCAGGGGUCAACUUUGGUAACAGAGUCUGUAGAUGUAGGGGUUUCUAUUUAUCCACCCAGACCAGUGUCUCCUGUCUGGCCCUCCACCUCCACCCACACACACGUCAGUACUCACAGCGAAACGAUAAGGGACAGGGACCACCUCAACAUCAAAACCCUGAACACCUCCAAUGUCGCGUCUCAGUCCUCCGCCAUCAUUCAGGAGGAGCGAAUCACCGAGAGAGCCCAGGGUUCAGCCACCCUUCCCAGUGUACAUGUCCAAGACAAGAUUAUGAUUCCCAGUCAGACGCUGCUCAUACAGCAGCCCGCCAUGUACUACGCUGCUACACCCAUGUAUGUCGUCGAGCCCAAGCCCCAGAUGGUGCUUGUUGCAGGGGGCACCCAGCAGGCAGUUGGUCAAGUAGGCCAAGUAGGCCAAGUUGGCCAAGUUGGGUUAAGUCAGGGAUUGGUGCAGAUUGGUGGCCUGCAAGGCUCUCAGGGUGUAGUCCUCGUAGAUAGGCAAGUGGGAAUGGGUGGUGUGACAGGGCAGGUAGCACAAGGCCUUUCGCAAGGAACCCUCUCCAGGUCUGCACAAGUCUUGGUGGUGGAGAAUGGGUCCUCAGGUGGAGCGCAAGGUGUUCGUCUAGCCCAGGGCCUUAGCCAAGGUCAGGCAGGGCAUGGCUCUGCAGAGCAGGGCUCCAAGAUUCAGACUCAGAGUUUUUCAAUGGCUUCAUGCGGUUCUGCAGGUUCAAAUGAGGACUUUGCUCUGACAGCCACACCCAAAGUGCAAGGCAGCCAGAGAGUGGUUGUGCAACGUAAGAAAGUCUCAGUCACAGAGAGAAAUAUUGAAUCCAGCACAAGAGCGUAGCACAUCCACUAAUGUCACACUUGUUUGAUAUAUACUGAAAUAUGCAUUUUAGUAUGCUAAGAUGCAUUACAGUAUAUAUAUGUUCACACAGAUAGAGUGUGAUAAAUAGUGGUAAAACUGGUAAAAAGAUAGUUUAGUCCGCUUGACCAAAAGUUCAAUACUGUAUGUCCUCAUCUAGUGAAAACACUACUGCUUAUAAUACAAGUAGUUAACACGUGGUAUUGACUACAUGACGAUCAUGGCCAAAAGGGCAUUGGAUUCCCGUACUGCUGCCGUUUAGGAAAAUGACAUACAUUUCUUGUAUGCUACCUGCUAAGGCUCUGUCAGCAUUAGUUGGAGGCAUAUAAGUAUUAAUAUAAAGUAUAGAUUGGGAUAAGCAACAGAUUUUAAGAGGCAUUACAUGAUUUCUAUAGUUACACCCCGGUCAAGGGAAAACCUUGGCAUGGAAUUAAGUGUGAUUCCCCUCUUUCUCUGGUCCAAGGAAUGAGCAUUUAGGCACCGAAUGACAGCCCUGAAGAAGAGCUGUAUUUGUUUUUUAAGGUACAAAGCUAGUAUGGCUUCAGGGCACGGGCAACUGAAGUAAACACAACAGAACUAAACGAAAAUUUUGAUCGAUAUCUCCUGAAGAGAAACUGGAAAAGCAGAGUACAAACAAAAAGGUAUCCGCCCCCUGCAACUAUAAUUGCAGCUAUAUCAGUGUCAACAUGAGUUUGAGCUUUGUAUGUGCUCCUAAAGUCUCAUAAAGGUAUUAUAAUGCAUGUGGAAAAUCAGUUUUAAAAGCUAGAUAUCUCAGCACCUGGCAAAAAGUCGUGUCAUUUUUACGGAUCAUUGCUCUGCUUGAUUUGAACAAACACGAGUUUAAGGAAUCCCAAUUUUUAGUCACUUGCCAAAAGUCCUGUUAAAAUGACUGUAAUUAUACUGUCAGCAUACACACUGUUAGUCAUGAGAAGCACAGUUAUUUGGAGAGAAAAGUAAAACAAAGUUUCUGUAGCUACUUUAAUGUUGCAUUUAGGCUUUGAACACUAGAUUCGGUGGUCUGAGUACUGUUUUUAUCGUGUGGUUUGGGUUGCAUUUUGUCGCAUUUUAGCUUUAGCCAAGCUGUAAGCCAUUCUGCUGACCUUUAGAUUGUUGUAGUUAUACUGUAACUAAUCAGGAGCUGUAAUAUGGGUGGUCCCCGCUUGGAACAUAGAUAAAUACUGUUUGUACUGUAGAGCUGAUGAAAGCACAGGAGAACCAGUGUUUGAAUGAUUUAGUGCAGCAGAAAGGGAGGAGACUCUUUAUCGGUAGAUGACAUAGUCAGCACAAAUCAAAAGAACGAUACUACACAAAUUCUCAAUUUUAUCGAUGCACUCUUUUUUAUUAUUUUUACAGAAUAUGUAUGAACUGUACUUUUACAAUAAGUCAAGUGUUAACAACAGAAGAUUUAGGUGCCAAAUCUGUAAAAAGAAAUUUGUAUAGUAGCUUACAGCCCUGUGUUUUUUUUUUUGUUUUUUUUUACAAAUGUAUAUUGUGCCAUAAUUAUCAGAUAGGCUCUUAAUAUGUUGUGUGUUUCUGUAUGUGUGCAUGUGUGUGUGUGUGAGAGAGUGUGUGUGCGUAGAGGUAACCUAAUCGGGAUAUGUGGAUAGGCAGAGUAUUCAAGGAUGAGUUUGCCAAGCACUGAACACAUUUGGUGGAAUGACGCUGUUUGAUAUUAGUGUUCCAGCUAUUGACACGUGUAUUUUCAUCUGUAGUUUCUAAUAUGCUGUAUGAAUAUAGCAUAGAUUGCAUCAGAACAUUGCAGCACUAAAGCAGCACUAUUGGAAAUGAUGAUGAGGAUGUUCUCAUACUUUAAAGUUUUGCACCUCCUGUUGUAAUAAAAUCAAACUGAAAAAAGG